CUUUACCCUACGGAUCCCCAUCAGGGUCAACUAACGUUCUCCGUGAGGGGCAAAGCUCCCUGGGACUUUACGCCUGCGAAGCCUAAUACCGCCAGGCCGGCGCCUGCGCGGGGCGUUACCAUAGAGAGGCAGCCGCCUCUCUGGUCUCGGUUUACGCUCUCUAUGGUGUAGCCGGGUUGGUGGCGGUAAGAAGAAAAAGGGUGACCGCACUGCGCAGGCGCCCUCGGCGUCUCUCUUGCUCUCUCGGUCUUUUUUUUUUUUUUUUCUUUUUUUUUUUUUUUUAAUCCCCGCACCAAGCGCUUAACCUCAUUGGGGUGGAGGAGAAGGCGGCGGCUCUCUGGUCCGCAGCGGCAACAGUAACGAAAAACAGGGCUAAUGGACUGCUGAAUUAUGAAGUAUUUCAGACCCAAUAGUAGAACAUCACUCUGCCACUCACUCCUUUAUCUCCUACUAGUUAUUUAAACUGGACUUUUAAUAUCCUACCAGCUGCUCUUCAGACACACAUGGUGCAUUGUUGCCAUUCCCCAGAUUGCAUCUUUGAAACACAGGCUCUUAGUAACCUUCAGCGAACAAAGAGGCAACCUCCCAGAUACGUCUGCUGGGAGGGAGUCAUCUUGACUGCCCUCUAGCUUUUGCUGGAUCUGGAUUUGAAUUCCAGUAUGGAGCCUCGCAUGGAGUCCUGCCUGGCGCAGGUGUUGCAGAAGGAUGUGGGGAAACGAUUGCAGGUUGGCCAAGAACUGAUAGACUAUUUCUCGGACAAACAGAAGUCUGCUGACCUUGAGCAUGAUCAGACCAUGUUAGAUAAACUUGUGGAUGGACUUGCUACAUCUUGGGUGAACUCCAGCAAUUACAAGGUGGUUCUGCUGGGCAUGGACAUCCUGUCCGCCCUGGUGACCCGGCUGCAGGAUCGGUUCAAGGCGCAGAUCGGCACAGUGCUGCCAAGUCUAAUAGACAGACUAGGAGAUGCUAAAGACUCUGUGAGGGAGCAGGACCAAACUCUGCUGCUAAAGAUCAUGGAUCAAGCUGCUAAUCCCCAGUACGUAUGGGACAGAAUGCUUGGAGGCUUCAAACACAAGAAUUUCCGUACUCGAGAAGGCAUCUGUCUCUGCCUUAUAGCAACACUCAAUGCCUCUGGAGCACAGACUUUAACACUAAGCAAGAUUGUGCCACAUAUAUGCAACUUACUUGGAGAUCCAAACAGCCAGGUUCGAGAUGCAGCAAUAAACAGCUUAGUGGAAAUUUACAGACAUGUAGGAGAACGUGUGAGGGCAGAUCUCAGUAAAAAAGGAUUGCCACAGUCCCGGUUGAAUGUAAUUUUUACAAAAUUUGAUGAAGUCCAGAAAUCUGGAAACAUGAUACAAUCUGCAAAUGAUAAAAAUUUCGAUGAUGAAGAUUCUGUGGAUGGUAACAGACCUUCCUCUGCUAGUUCUACAUCAUCCAAGGCUCCACCAAGUUCUCGGAGAAACGUUGGAAUGGGAACCACCCGCCGGCUUGGUUCAUCCACCCUUGGAUCCAAGUCUUCAGCUGCAAAAGAAGGAGCUGGUGCUGUUGAUGAAGAGGAUUUUAUUAAAGCAUUUGAUGAUGUACCUGUAGUACAGAUUUAUUCCAGCCGAGACCUUGAGGAAUCCAUAAACAAAAUUAGGGAAAUAUUAUCUGAUGACAAGCACGAUUGGGAGCAGAGAGUAAAUGCUCUAAAAAAGAUUAGAUCUUUACUUUUGGCUGGUGCUGCUGAGUAUGAUAACUUCUUUCAACAUUUGCGUCUUUUGGAUGGAGCCUUUAAACUCUCUGCUAAGGAUCUGCGGUCUCAGGUAGUGCGGGAGGCUUGUAUCACGUUGGGGCAUCUGUCAUCAGUUCUGGGGAAUAAGUUUGACCAUGGAGCUGAAGCCAUUAUGCCAACUAUCUUUAAUUUAAUUCCAAACAGUGCCAAAAUUAUGGCCACAUCUGGUGUUGUAGCUGUUAGGUUAAUUAUUCGGCACACACACAUCCCUAGGUUAAUACCUGUCAUAACAAGCAACUGUACCUCUAAGUCUGUCGCAGUUAGAAGGCGCUGUUUUGAAUUUUUAGAUUUGCUUUUACAAGAAUGGCAGACACAUUCACUAGAACGACACAUAUCAGUAUUAGCUGAAACAAUAAAGAAGGGAAUACAUGAUGCUGAUUCUGAAGCAAGAAUAGAAGCCAGAAAAUGUUACUGGGGUUUCCACAGUCACUUUAGCAGAGAAGCAGAGCACUUAUACCACACCUUGGAGUCCUCCUACCAGAAAGCCCUGCAGUCCCACCUGAAGAACUCAGACAGCAUAGUGUCUCUGCCUCAGUCAGACCGCUCGUCUUCCAGCUCUCAAGAGAGUCUAAAUCGUCCGCUGUCUGCCAAAAGAAGUCCUACUGGAAGUACCACAUCUAGAGCUUCUACAGUUAGUACCAAAUCUGUGUCAACGACUGGGUCCCUCCAGCGAUCUCGAAGUGAUAUUGAUGUGAACGCAGCAGCCAGUGCCAAAUCCAAAGUCUCCUCAUCUUCGGGCACAACGCCUUUCAGCUCUGCAGCGGCUUUGCCUCCGGGGUCAUACGCAUCCUUAGAGUCCAGACACAUGAGGGAAGACAUGGAGUACAUAGGCCUGGACUCAGGUCGGAUCCGCACAAGACGGCAAAGCUCUGGGAGUGCCACCAAUGUCGCCUCUACACCUGAUAACCGGGGCCGCAGUCGCGCUAAAGUGGUUUCACAGUCCCAGCGAUCCAGAUCUGCUAAUCCUGCUGGUGCUGGCAGCCGGUCAAGUUCCCCAGGAAAAUUGUUGGGAAGUGGUUAUGGUGGACUUGCUGGGGGCUCCUCACGAGGCCCACCUGUGACACCGUCUUCAGAAAAGCGAAGCAAGAUUCCCAGGAGCCAGGGAUGUAGCCGGGAAACAAGUCCAAACCGAAUAGGAUUAGCACGGAGCAGCCGUAUCCCUCGACCCAGCAUGAGUCAGGGGUGCAGCCGCGAUACCAGCCGUGAGAGCAGCCGAGAUACAAGCCCUGCUCGGGGCUUUCCUCCACUUGAUCGGUUUGGGCUUGGCCAGCCAGGAAGAAUACCCGGUUCUGUGAAUGCCAUGAGAGUUCUGAGCACAAGUACAGAUCUUGAAGCUGCUGUUGCCGAUGCUUUGCUGUUAGGAGACUCCAGGAGCAAGAAGAAGCCUGUGAGGAGGAGAUAUGAGCCGUAUGGGAUGUAUUCUGACGAUGAUGCCAACAGUGAUGCCUCAAGUGUUUGCUCUGAGCGCUCAUAUGGCUCCAGGAAUGGUGGCAUUCCCCAUUAUCUGCGGCAGACUGAGGAUGUAGCAGAAGUUCUCAACCACUGUGCUAGUUCAAACUGGUCAGAAAGGAAAGAAGGGCUUCUGGGCCUGCAGAACUUACUGAAGAGCCAAAGAACACUGAGUCGAGUUGAACUGAAAAGGUUAUGUGAGAUCUUCACUCGGAUGUUUGCUGACCCUCAUAGCAAGGUUUUCAGUAUGUUUUUGGAGACUCUUGUGGAUUUUAUAAUAAUUCAUAAGGAUGAUUUACAAGACUGGCUUUUUGUUCUUCUCACACAAUUACUUAAGAAAAUGGGAGCAGAUUUACUUGGAUCUGUGCAAGCAAAAGUUCAAAAGGCUCUAGAUGUCACAAGGGACUCCUUUCCAUUUGAUCAACAAUUUAACAUUUUGAUGAGAUUUAUUGUGGAUCAGACUCAAACUCCAAACCUCAAGGUCAAAGUUGCAAUCCUGAAGUACAUUGAGUCUCUGGCCAGACAGAUGGAUCCAACAGAUUUUGUAAACUCUAGUGAGACAAGGCUUGCUGUUUCUAGAAUCAUAACCUGGACAACAGAACCAAAGAGUUCAGACGUGAGAAAGGCAGCACAGAUUGUGCUAAUCUCUCUGUUUGAAUUGAAUACUCCUGAAUUUACCAUGUUACUUGGUGCCUUGCCAAAAACAUUCCAGGAUGGUGCCACCAAACUCCUGCACAACCACCUCAAGAAUUCCAGUAACACCAGUGUGGGCUCUCCAAGCAAUACAAUUGGCCGGACGCCCUCCCGACACACCAGCAGCAGGACCAGCCCCCUGACCUCACCCACCAACUGUUCCCAUGGGGGUCUGUCUCCAAGUCGGUUAUGGGGUUGGAGUGCCGACGGGUUAGCGAAGCACCCACCUCCCUUUUCUCAGCCUAACUCCAUCCCCACCGCUCCCUCCCACAAGGCUCUCAGGCGCUCUUACUCUCCCAGCAUGCUGGACUAUGAUACAGAGAACCUGAACUCUGAAGAAAUCUAUAGUUCUCUACGUGGAGUUACAGAAGCCAUUGAAAAGUUUAGUUUUCGAAGCCAAGAAGAUCUGAAUGAGCCAAUUAAACGAGAUGGCAAAAAGGAGUGUGAUAUUGUGUCCCGCGAUGGGGGCGCUGCCUCCCCUGCCACCGAGGGCCGGGGGGGUGGCGAGGUAGAAGGAGGCCGGACAGCUCUGGAUAACAAGACCUCGCUACUCAACACCCAGCCUCCGCGCGCCUUCCCGGGGCCGCGGGCGCGAGACUACAACCCGUACCCCUACUCAGAUGCCAUCAACACCUACGACAAGACCGCCCUGAAAGAGGCUGUGUUCGAUGACGACAUGGAGCAGCUUCGAGAUGUGCCCAUCGACCAUUCUGACCUGGUGGCUGACCUUCUGAAAGAGCUGUCCAACCACAACGAGCGAGUGGAGGAACGGAAGGGAGCCCUGCUGGAGCUGCUCAAGAUCACGCGGGAAGACAGCCUUGGUGUCUGGGAGGAGCACUUCAAGACCAUUCUGCUCCUGCUGCUGGAGACCCUUGGAGACAAAGACCAUUCAAUUCGAGCACUGGCGUUGAGAGUUUUGAGGGAAAUUCUGAGAAAUCAACCAGCAAGAUUUAAAAACUACGCCGAGCUGACGAUUAUGAAGACUCUGGAAGCCCACAAAGACUCCCAUAAGGAGGUGGUGAGAGCAGCUGAGGAGGCUGCGUCCACACUGGCCAGUUCCAUCCACCCAGAGCAGUGCAUCAAGGUGCUCUGCCCCAUCAUCCAGACGGCCGACUACCCCAUCAACCUUGCUGCCAUCAAGAUGCAGACCAAAGUCGUCGAGAGGAUCGCGAAGGAGUCAUUGCUGCAGCUCCUCAUCGACAUCAUCCCAGGCUUGCUGCAGGGUUAUGACAACACCGAAAGUAGUGUGCGUAAGGCCAGCGUGUUUUGCUUAGUGGCAAUUUAUUCCGUAAUCGGAGAAGACCUGAAACCUCACCUUGCACAGCUCACAGGGAGCAAGAUGAAGCUACUAAACUUAUAUAUAAAGAGGGCCCAGACCACCAACAGCAACAGCAGCUCCUCCUCCGAUGUCUCCACGCACAGCUAAUGGCAGCACCUGUCUCUUGUGUAGACCUAGAAGCAAUCGGUGGUGCCUCUCAGAGACCUUUCCCCACCCCCUUCAUCGGCUGCCCAGUCAGUACAAGGAGGCCCACAAAUAUUUAUUACAAUCAGUAUUUUGGUCCCUUCCAGCUUUUCUGUAGAAUCUUACUGGUAUUGAAUGUAAAGGAAGCAAGGCCUGUAUUGCAGUCUCAUACAAAACAAAAGGAAUAAGAACAGAAAAGAGCCAUACUGAAACACGUCUUGUACAGCCUGCUGAGAUAGCGAAACCAUGUGUUUGGGGUGCAGUUUUUAAAAAUCAGAGCGCUCUAGCCACUACUUGGUAGAAAGUAGCAUUUUUUUUUCAGUUAAUAACAUAUUUGGGGGUGGGGUGGGGUGUUACUUUGUGUUCCUCCUCCUUAGCCUAUUUUCUUGUGAGUAUGGUCUGUGUGGGGCCUCUUUCACAGCUGACACCAUGAAAGGUGAUAUAUCUUUAAGUUGUGUUCUGAGACCUACUAAAAAUGGGAAUCAAGUCUUGGCAAGAACAGUCUGAAGAUGGCCUUUUAACAAACGCUGGGAAUUUUGCUUGUCAUAUCCAGACUGGAGGCCGACUGCCCUGGCUUUCAGUGUAGAAUUGGGAGUGCACCCCAACAGUCUCCUUCCAGCCCUCCCUAAUCGACUCUGACAAGGUCCCUACCCCAGAGUUUCCAUGCAAAGGAAUUCUUCAAGUUUAAAUCUGGACACAAAACUAAGAUAAAUGUAUGGCAUCAUUUAGGGAUGCCUGAGAUGGCAGUUCAUGAAGCACAGAAGAUAAAAAAGAAGUCUUUCAUCUUUACUGCUGAGAUCCUUGGGAACACUGUUGUCAUGGGGGUUCUGCCAAGACCCUCAUCUCUCUGCUACAUGGUGAUUCAGAUUUAGCACCAACUUCUUUCCUCUCCUCGAAGUUCUGCCUAAGCUGUUCAGUUCUAACAUGGUCUCAAUUAAUCUGGUAAAUGACAUCUUUACCAUCUUAGUUCUGACUUCUCCAUUUAAUGUGGGAUUAAGAGCCAAGAAAAGCCUAGAGAGACUGGAUAUCACAAUUUUUUUUAAUUUUAUAAACUGAAGUAGUUCCUUGAAUGUCUGUUGAUGAAAUAGUCACUGUUUAAGGAAAAAGUAAUUAUGAGGUGUAGCAGAUUGCAGAAAAACAAGAUUAGAAACACACUUAAAAAGAACACACAUUUAGAGUCUCUCUUCCUCCUCAAGGAACCACUAGGCCCCCUUUUUAAAAACACCUUUAGAGCCUAAUUACUCCAAUAAAAGUAACUAGAGGUUUGGAGUCUGGUUAAAUAAAUUCUGAGUAAAAUUCUUAAGCCAAAUGGAAAUUCUUAAUGCAAUCAUGAGGACUUCUAUUGUCUCUUACUGUUGUAUUAGAUCCUAUAAAUUGAACUGAUUUUUCCAUAAGGAAAAUGCUUCUUUUGAGAUUAAUUCUAAUAAUGUAUUUGCUAUUCCAAUGGAGAGCCCACUGCAACUGCUAGGACUGAAAGCAGAGGCUGGGUGCCAGAGCACGUGAUUCUUACCAUCAUUUCCACAGACCCCUCUGCCCUGACCCUCCGGAUUGGAUGUAGGAAGCUGGGAAAGACUGAUGUUGUGUUUGGAAACAUGCGCUGAAAAUGAAGGCCCCAUAGUGCGUAGGAACAGUAAAGCCAGGGUGCUGACCUGCGUGCGUGUGUGUGUGUGUGUGUGUGUGUGUGUGUGUGCGCACCCUACACAUGUGUGGUACCUCACUGCUGCUGUCUAGGGAACUUGAGGGAUGCGUUUCAAGGGGUUGGGUAUUACUGACUAGCUUUGGCUCAAAAUAUAGCAGGACCAGGUCUUUUGUUGAUAAAUACUGUUUGUUGAUUAAUAUGUCAUUAAUGGUAUUUCUUUUUUACACUCUACAAGUGAAUUAGUCUCUUGUUGACCCCUCUUGUAGGAAUGUGCGUCGGGCUAGAUUAUCCAUGAGUUUGUUUAUUCCUAAUGCAGUUACAAAGACCUUUCUCCUUGAGCUCUUUGACUCCCAGAAGGUCCCCCAGUCCCCAGUGUACUUAGAAAGGAUCUUGAACAUUGCUGGACAUCCUCAUAGUACUCACAAAGGGCUAGCCUUGAAUGUCACUCGCCCAGUCUUCAGUCUCCUGACUUAGAGAGAGAUACAAUCACGUCACAGGUCUCUUGGCCUCAAUCUGAAAACUGCUGCCGCCGCGCCGAGAAGACUCGCAUGCCGCCACCACCUCACUGGGAGGGCGCCGAGCCCACCGUCGCCCCCUAGACCCUGACAGCUGCAGCUGCCUUGCCUUGCCGCCGCCUCCCUGCAGGGCCCCUGUUCCAAUGAAAAAGAGAACACAAAAGAGCAGAGCACCUAAUCCUGUCUCUGCCUCCCUGUCUACCUGACUGGCCAGGGCCCGAGACCCCUGCUGCUCCACUGCGGGGCUGGGCGGGCUGACUCCCUGCUUCCUCCAAGCUGCUGCCUCCCCUGCAGCCAGGGUCUGGGCAGGGCGCAGCCGGUCCUCGGGGCACGCACCUUCCUUCAAGUGCACUGUGUGUGCUUCCCGGACCUGCGGCGAUGCCAUGGGCCUGCCUUUUCUACGCGCCUCACUAGCUUACCACCCUGUGCAGGUAAUGCAACUGAUUUUGUCUCAUCAGUCUUUUUCUUUCCCUGCCACCCUUUAUUUAUCAAGCAUAAUGUUACACUUUAAAGGACAGCAAAUAAGAACUUUGUAGAAUCCCACCAGGACUUUGCUAACAAUAAUGUUUGGAAAUAAAUAAAUGCUCUGAAAAAAUAUCAGCCCCCAAAAUAGUUUUGUUGGCACUGUGUUCACACGCAUGGUCCCCACACCCCCAGGUUGGGUGGGUUUUUUUGUUUUUUUGGGUUUUUUUGGGGCUUUUUCAUGUUACAUCCAUAUCUGUAUUUAUAUCUUAUUUGUUUCACUUUCAAGUGUAUCAUGGCAAAUGUACAGAUUUUUUUUUGUUAAUAAUGUGCUAGGAUUUGCUAAAAAAAGAAAACAAACAAAAAAACCCUUUUGAGUUUGCCCUAGAAUAAAUGAGACUUAAUUCAA